AUGUCAAUCGCGAUUGCGACCCUCUCGAGGGGGAGGGCAGCCCUUCGACCCAAGCCCAAGUGGUCCAAUGCGAAUGCGAAUGCCUUCCUCCAGUCACCACCCACCUCCCGUGCAUUCCAUGCAUCCCCGCGACCGAGAUUCCUGGAGACGUUCAUUGCACCUACACACACUCUGUUUGAAGGAGUCCACUCAUUAACCGGUCUCCCAUGGGCUUAUUCCAUUCCCCUCACAGCCAUCGUCAUUCGAAGCUUCAUCACCCUCCCCAUCUCGAUGUACACCCGUCGCAUACAGCAGAGACGGGCCGAGCGAUUACCACUUCUCAGCGCAUGGACAAUUAGACUGCACCGUGAGGUGAUGGCUCAAUCGGGGCACUUGGGUCCAGCCGCAGCGCAGGCGGCUCUAUUCAAAAAACUUGGAAAGCAGAGGGCCGAGAUGUUACAGCGAGCGGGCAUUGAGACUUGGAAAAUUUUCCUGCCAGUUCUACAACUACCAGUAUUCUUGAUUGUCAUUGAGACGCUGCGUAUGAUGUCAGGCACGGAUAUUGGUCUCUUGGGUACUCUGGUUUCCAGUUUUGGCAGCUCCUAUUCAAUUCCAUUCCUAUCGGCAAUAAGUUCCCUGACGGCAUGGUACGAGCCAACUUUAGCAACAGAAGGCAUGAUGUGGUUCAAAGAUCUCACCGCGGCGGAUCCCGAGGGAAGAUUAUCAUAUAUUCUCUCCGGAGCUAUGCUUAUGAACGUCUUGCAUUUCGGGAAGCACGAGGCUGAGAAGCUCCCUUUACCUGUGGGGGUUCAGAGGCUCAAUAGAUCUCUGGUUGUCAUAUGCUGCCUCAUUGGACCGCUUCUUUCAUCAACCCCGAGUGGGAUCUUGAUUUAUUGGAUAUCAUCUAGUGUGUGUUCUAAGAUUCAGGCGAGUGUGCUUGCUAGAACGAUGCCUGUAAGAAUCAUAGCACCGUGCAAACCAAGGAGCUUUCAGGGUAUUCGAAGCUCUAUGGCGAAUCUUCUCAAAUGA